AUGAAGGCUUCUAUAAAGCUGAGGGAGGAGCACCAAAACCCGCUGCUCCGCGCCAAGGUACCCAUCAGCGUCCUGGGCCUUCCCUUCAUCUCAGCCGUCUCUGCAGGGGACCCCACCGACCUCUCCUUCCACCUCCGAACAUCCUCCCCCAAUGGCCCUUCCCUCAAACUCUCCUACAUGCCUAACGACCUCCACAGCCCUUUCUCUCUCACUGUCCGAUCCGGCAUAGGCCUCUGGGGCUCUCCCGACGACUCUCCCCUCAUCAUGUCUGCCCAUUUCACCCUCCUCGGAAGGGCAAUUCCCUCUUUCUCUCUCCAAAUCAAACCCCAAUUCGGCGAUUUCUCCCUCAAGAAGACUGCCUCCUCCCCGUACCUUCCUAACCCUAACCCUAACCCUGGCAAGGAGAACGGCGAGGCCCACCUCCAAAACGGCGGAGAUCCUCCCGUCUUGAGGGAGUGGACUGAAUUCCAGGCUGGCGGAGUGGGGUUCCUCUCCGGCAUGGCUGUUACGGCGAAGACACUACUGCCGGUGAUGAGGCGGGCGGUGGUGAAGUUCCGGUGGGGGGUGAAUUUCGAGGGGGAUGCCGGGCGGAAGAAGCUUCCGUUCCUGACAAUGGAUAAGAUUGGGAUUGAGCGGAUUGAAGAGCCUAAGACAGGGAGUAGUGACAGAGGCGCUGGGCUCUUCCCGUCGGAUUCCACGGGGAAGGAAUUGGAGGUUUUGAAGGGGCUGUGUUUUUGGAUGGGAAAGGAAGUGGAAUCUCUGCAGAGGGAGAACCGGUCGAUGAAGGAGAGUAUAGAGGAGCUGAGAUCAGGGGCUACAGCGAGGACUACCCGGGUUGAAGUUCCCAGCAAAAAGCCUCUGGAGGUGGCGAAUGGUUCCAGCGAGUUCGAUGGGUGGAGGAAGAAGAAGAAUGGCGGGGGAGAGGAUAGACGGCCGGAAGCCAUGCCCAGCACAUUUUCUGGAGCAGCUGCAAACGAUGUAGGGGAGGAGCUGAAGAGAGCUAUAAAGGCUGCUUCGUCUUAA